AUGACCAUCGUCACCUUGGAGAUCCUUGUAACCAUACCGAACAAUGCACCGGUACAUGCGGUAAGGGCGAGGGCAAACUCGUCCGAUCAAAAAUCGCUCCUCGGGAGGGACGCAAGGGACGGGCACAGACUUCACGCACACGAAAACGAGCACGUUGUGGAAAGCCGGGAGAUUUGUGACGAAAUGGGAAAAAAUGGGCGGGACUCCGGAGGCGAGUUCGGAAUAGACGAGGCCGAUGCCGGGGACUCGGACAAUGCCGAGGGAAGGGCCGAGGCCCAGGAUCCAUUUGAUGGGGACUUUGUUGUGGAGGUCGAAGGCGUACUUUCGGCGAGUUCCGUAGUGCCAGACGAACAUGAUGGACAUGAAGAAGAGGGAGAGGACGAGGGAGACCCAUCCGCCUUGCGGGAGCUUUGUGAGGGCGGAGGUGAGAAGAAGGAGAGGAAAGCGGCGGCUAAGAGGGAGCUUCGAUGCCAGACGAGGACCAUCACGAGAGACAUUAGGAAGGUUGUGAUGAACAUUACCGACAUUACGGCCAAGCCUGCACGAGACGGGGGAUUCGACGUUUGUCAGCAG